CUCCCUCCCUUCUCUUGUGUCUCUUCUGAAUGUCUCUCCUCCCAUGUUUUCCAAUACAGCAAGUGGAGGAGAGCACUCUUUCCCACACACUUGGUGUGUGCUUCACAUUAGAGCUUCAUCUCUCAGUCACUCUGUCCUCCUUAGUCCCAGAAACUCCAGCAAAACUCCAGCACUUCCUACUCUACCCUACCGCUGCUUCCAGGGCAAACCACACCGCCCCAGCUCUGCACUGACAACCGAAGAACAAACACCGGUCUAAAGAGCAGGAUGCAGCGUUUCAGGGAAGGAAUUCACAUACGCACCAUGAAGGCAAAGAGGAAAGUGGAAGAGAUCUCCAAAGAGGACGUCCAGGCUUUCCUCAAGAAGAAUGCCUUUGUGCUCUUCACAGUUGGGGCAGUUAUCGUAGGUAUUGUUCUGGGAUUCGCGCUCCGCCCGUAUAAGAUGUCCUUUCGAGAAGUGAAGUACUUUUCAUUUCCCGGAGAGCUGCUAAUGAGAAUGCUUCAGAUGCUUGUUCUCCCCUUACUGAUCUCCAGUCUAAUAACAGGAAUGGCAGCUUUGGACAGCAAAGCCUCAGGAAAGAUGGGCAUGAGAGCCGUGAUUUACUACAUGACGACAACCUUCAUCGCAGUCUUCAUUGGCAUCAUAAUCGUCCUCAUCAUCCACCCAGGAAAAGGAUCAAAAGAUGAGUUUGGAAAGCAGCAGACCAUAGAGCAAGUCAGUCCUGCUGAUGCCUUCUUAGAUCUGAUCAGAAAUAUGUUUCCACCAAACCUGGUCCAGGCCUGCACACAGCAAUUCAAAACCAAAUAUGGAAAGCGGGUAGUCCAUGUGACGAUGACAGUGAAUGACACCCUCUUCAACUCCACCAACGGUACCCAGGAGUUCAUGGAGAUUACCCGGGAGGAAGUGAUCCCAGUGCCGGGUCAGGUGAAUGGGGUCAACGCCCUCGGGUUGGUGGUCUUCUCCAUGUGCUUUGGUCUAAUAAUUGGCAACAUGAAGGAGCAGGGCCAGCUCCUGAGGGAUUUCUUUGACAGCCUCAAUGAAGCUAUCAUGCGUCUGGUCGCCAUCAUCAUGUGGUAUGCUCCUGUUGGUAUCCUGUUCCUGAUUGCAGGAAAGAUUGUGGAGAUGGAUGAUCUGACACAGAUGGGUGGCCAGCUGGGCAUGUAUACCAUCACAGUUAUCAUUGGCUUACUGAUCCAUGCUGUUCUUAUUCUUCCCACUCUUUAUUUUGUCAUCACUCGGCAAAACCCCUUCAUCUUCAUUGCUGGGCUCCUGCAAGCUUUGGUAACGGCCUUGGGGACCUCGUCGAGCUCAGCCACUCUCCCUGUCACCUUUAAAUGUCUGGAAGAGAACAACAAAAUUGACAAGAGAAUCACACGCUUCGUGCUUCCCGUCGGUGCCACCAUCAACAUGGAUGGAACAGCUCUUUAUGAGGCGCUGGCAGCCAUCUUCAUCGCCCAGGUCAACAACAUGGAGAUGAACUUUGGUCAGAUCAUCACCAUCAGUAUUACAGCGACUGCAGCCAGUAUUGGAGCUGCUGGCAUCCCUCAGGCAGGCCUGGUCACUAUGGUGAUUGUACUGACCUCUGUCGGACUUCCUACUGAUGACAUCACUCUCAUCAUUGCUGUCGAUUGGUUCCUGGACCGCCUGCGUACCACGACCAAUGUCUUGGGGGACUCAAUCGGAGCCGGCAUUGUGGAAUUCCUGUCUCGACACGAGCUGCGCAGCAAAGACGUGGAGAUGGGAAACUCUGUGCUGGAGGAGAAGGAGAGGAAGAAACCUUACAAGCUCAUCUCUCAGGACAGUGAUUUUGAAAAUGACAAACGUGCUCACAGUGAAUCAAACAUGUAGUCUGCUUCAACAUCUGCCACAUCUGUUAACACAUUCAAACACUUACAGCUGGUUCUGUUCUGAAGAGUAGGGACCUAAUUGUGAGGCUAAUAGUUUUCCAGUUAUUAUUCCCCACUUUAAAUUUAUUAACAUCCCUUUAUUGUCAUUUCCAAGAAGUGAAUUUCUUACAUUCCUAUUUCUUCUAAAGAUGAUCCUUUAAUAUAUGCAUCUGUUAUUUGUUUCAAAUAGAAGUGCUAGUUUCUGUCAUGUUUACUAUUUUACUGAAUAUUUUAACUUCAUAUUACCCUCAUGUAGAAGUUGCUGUAAAAAUAUGUGCUGGAUGUUGGAGUACAAACAGAUCAUUGUGAGGAAAAAAAGCUUUUGAAGAUUUUAUGUGAAGAAAAGAUAUAUUCAGACUUUUUACCAUUUUGUCAUCAGGACAUGAUUAGCUCAACUUAAAUUCAAAUCGUCCCAACAUUAGUUGGUAAUAUAGUGGUUAUUACAGACAUUUUAUGAUUUCAUAUUUCAGUGGUACUGACUCUCACACACCUACAGUUGCAAAUGGAUGUGUGCGCGCACACACAUUUACAUAUUGACUGUGUGUUUUUUUUUUUUUUUUUACCAACGUUAAUUUAUGGUAGAUAUUAGACACGUAAAUAUGUUGCAUGAUUAAAUCAUGUUAAAGCCUCUGAUUUCAUUUUGAAGGUGUGAUAUUCAAG